AUGAUUGGCUCUGAAGUUUAUACUAGGGGCCUCAAGGUUCAUCCCCGUCAGCCUGGUCUCAAUUCCCCCAUACCCUUAGACAUGGUCCCUGACUCUGUUGACAUGUAUAAAGGCUGCAUUGAAAAAAUGGGCAAAAAGGUGAAGGAAUAUCUUCGAAAUGAAACCAAUGCAGGAGGGUUCUUUGAACAAGCCUGGACGAAAGCAGAAAAAUGUGCCUCAAAAAAUUAUUCAGUGAACCAAAAACUAGACAAACUUAGUCACAAUCAUAUCAAGGCUAUCUGUGCUUACACAGGAGGUCAACCUAAGAUAUACCCAGCGUUCAACCAAGCAGUCCGGACCAAUAGAACAGAGUACACAACCUCCUUCCAGUUCCACUCCCUGCAUUUCCUGCUGACUGAUGCUCUCCGCCUCCUGAAAGAAAACCAACAGGGCUGUCACACCACAUACCGGAGAACCAACAUGGAGUUUGGCGGUAAAGUGAACAAGGAAAUCAGAUUUGGCCUCUUUGCCUCCAGCUCUUUCCUAAAGAAUUUGACACAUUUUGGAGAGAACUCCUGCUUUGAGUUAAAGACAUGUUUUGGCACUGACCUGAAGUCCUACCCAGAGAUGGGGAAUUAUGAAAAGGAGGUGUUGAUUCCACCGUAUGAAGUGUUCAAAGCUACUGCCGUGCUGAAGAAAGAAAAUGAUGAAAACCUUUGGUGUGAUGUUGUGUACAAACUAAAGAGUAUCAACACACUGAGUAACGUGAAUUGUAACAUUUUUACCAAGCCAACUAUUAAUUAA